AUGCCGGCAGACUACCAGACCACCGCGCGGGCUUUGUCACUUCCAGUCUCAGAGCCUGAAGAACGAGAAUCUCCCGUAUUCUCCGGUCUCCGUCCGCCAUGGAGCCACUCCCCAACCCUGUCGCGACGCAGCUCUCGACGCCAAUCAACAAUGGGCGAGGCCGUUUCGUUCCGGGAUCGAAUGAUCAACCAAGCCGAAUCGUUAUAUCGUACGGCAAGGGAACGGUGGGAGAAGAUGACUCUGAUUCAAAAGAUAAUAUAUUUUACGGCGUCGCUGUUUCUGGGCGCUCUUGGUGUGGCGUCUCUGGUUCUUGCGGGGAAGAUUUUCAUCUGGCUGGGUCCAGUAGCUGAGGAAUGGGGGCACUCGCCGUGGGCAUUUAUCAUUGUGUGGUUUUCGAUCAUCCUCGUAUCGUUUCCUCCAUUGGUUGGUUGGUCGACACUUGGAACGAUAUCAGGGUUUCUUUUUGGGUUCUGGAAGGGAUGGAUCGUCUACGCAUCUGCUACUGUUGUCGGCUCGACACUGUCAUUUAUCAUUUCCCGGACAGUUCUUUCCGGCUUCGUCAAACGCAUGACGGAGCACGACAAGCGUUUCGCGGCGCUUGCUUUGACACUUAAGUAUGACGGCCUCAAACUUCUCUGCAUGAUUCGACUUUGCCCGUUGCCAUACUCGUUCUGUAACGGCGCCGUAUCGACAUUCCCUACAGUCCAACCUUUGAGCUACGGUCUCGCUACGCUGAUUGUUGCACCCAAGUUCAUGGUGCCCGCUUUUAUUGGGAGCCGCAUCCGUAUCUUAUCGGAGAACAAUGAAGAAAUGAGCGCUGGCUCUAAGGCGAUUAAUAUCAUUAGCAUCAUCGUUUCGGUCUCUAUUGGCGUUGCCACUGGUAUAUAUAUUUAUAGAAGAACAUUGGCCCGCGCGAAAGAACUCGAAGCCGAAGAACGGGCUGGAAUCCGACGGUCUAUACAGGAAGAUCACGCUGCAGGACGCCCUCAUGGCGACUUUUCAGACGACCCCGACGCCAAUGCGGCGGCCAAGACUCUGGCUCGUGAUGAGGAAGCACGGCUUGGAUUCUAUGACGAGGACAACGUCGACAUCGAUGUUGAAGGAGAUGAAUUGGCCGAAAGCCGCGGUAAUAGAUCAUACCGCGACGAGUUCACCGAUAAUGAUUCUGAUGUCUUUGAUGACGGUGAUGGUGAUGAGUCGGAUACAUAUGGAUUGCAUACUCACGUGAGACAGUAA